AUGUCAAACCAAACUCCCAUUGCUGGUGAGACAAUUCCAUACUCGAACAAAGACAUGGAGGAUGCCAUCAAAAUUUUCAAAUCCAAACAAAUCCCAGUCUAUGAACCUGGUGAGGAUGACUAUGAGCGUUAUAUUGCCACAGCCAACCUCAUCUAUCGCUUCUCGAGCCCCCCUUGUGUUGUUCGGCCCAAGUGUGCUUGCGAUGUGCGAGAUGUUAUCAAAAUUGCAAAACCCCGAAAAAUCCCGAUUACAAUCAAGAAUGGUGGUCACUCUUAUGCGGGAGGAUCCACGACGAAUGUCGGGAUCUUGAUGGAACUUGGUCUGAUGAAUGAGGUCAACCUCAACUUGAAGUCAGAAAUGGUGACCGUCAAGGGCGGUGCGUUGUGGUUUCAUGUAUACAAGACACUAGUUAGCAAGCAUCUUGAUGGUUUCGUCGUCAAUGGUGGGCGCUGUCCCACUGUGGGAGUGAGCGGAUUCAUGCUGGGAGGUGGUCUUUCCCCGUUCACAAGAAGCUUCAGCAUGGGCUGCGACACCGUCAAGGAGUUUACCAUUGUGACGGCAGAGGGAGAUGAGGUGACUGUUUCGGAGCGCGAUGAUCCGAAAAGGGACAAGGGUAAGCUGUUCUGGGCCCCUCGAGGUGCUGGUGGCGGAAACUUUGGCGUUGUCGUCGAAAUGAAGUUGGCGCUGAAAAAGUUAAAGAGCAAUGUCGUCGUCGCCGGACGAUACACCUGGUUUCCGGAACGUCAAGCCAUGGACCCAUUCAUGAAAACCAUGAAUAGCUUCUAUACCAGGAGCUGGCCGGAUGAAAUGACGCUUGACACCACCUGGCUGUGCGACCUCUCGAACGUUAGGACCGAUCUCGCAGUUAGGUUUCUGGUCUAUUAUAAUGGCGGCCGGGGAGCUUUUAACAAAGUCAUUGAUGACUGGACGAUCCCGAACGGCCCUAGUCAACAUGCAGAGCUAAAGAAACAACUCAAACGGCGGUCAUUGCAGGAGAAAUCAUCCCGCUUCCUUCACGAGACUCUCGCGGCGCAGUGGGUCGAGGAGACCAAGAAGUCCUUUCCCAGCAACCGGUCUUACCAGAUUUAUACUUCAUUCGUCUUUAAGAAUGCCCAAAGGAGCAUUGAAAGAAUCACCCGCAUCAUCAGAGACGAGAUGAGAGAAUUCCGGGAGCAAUUCGCGGGAGAGACAGGCACUCUCCAGGUCACCUUUAUUCAUUCUGGUGGAGCGGCAAACCAGAAGCAAAGAAGGGACACGGCCUUCCGCUGGCGUGGCUGCAUUUAUUUCACAUACAUCAUGAUCCAGUGGGAUGAAAAAUGGCUGGAGAUGAACAUGAGAGGCUUCCUGGACCGGAUGAGGGCGAACCUGAGCCCAUUUGGCAUGGUGCGAGGGGCCACAUUUGUGAAUUUCCCCGACGACUCGCUCAAGGCAGACGCCCAUGAAAAGUCAUACUAUGGGAACAACUACCAGGAGCUGCGGCGCGUCAAGAAAAUCUGGGACAGAGACAACUUUUUCAAGGGCUCACAGGGCAUUCAGCUCCCCGGCACAUCCGCACCGCAGACUGUCAGCAUGGACAUGGAGGACAACGACGGGCUCUUGGAGGAUCUGUUUGCUGCCAGGGCAUUCGUCGUGAACGAGGAAGACCUGACUGAUGCGUUAGCAGAACAGCAAUGGGAAUCCUAUCGCCCUCCCACCCCGACCGACUUUUACGGGAGUGGAGCCCUGCCGACCUUGGUCUACUGA